AUGCCAGCAUUCCACAGUCGCUCUCAUCAAGACAGAUCGCCCUCAUUUUCAUCGCAUCAUGUCCUUGAACGCGCCCAGUCCCAGUUCCUUUUCUCGCCCGAGGAACUCCUCCGAAGUCCCAGCAUUCUCGAGGGCAUGUCAGUUGCCCAAGAGUUGUCCAAUCGGCAGAAAGGUGUCAACUUCAUCACUCAGGUUGGCAUCAUGUUGAAACUUCCUCAGUUGACUCUCUGCACGGCCUCGGUCUAUCUGCAUCGGUUCUUUAUGCGACAUGCCAUGGCGCAGCCCAACAAACCCGGCCUCCACCACUACUCGGUCGCAGCCACCGCCUUGUUCCUCGCCACCAAAGUUGAAGAAAACUAUCGCAAGAUGAGGGAACUCGUGGUCGCGUGCUGUAGGGUGGCACAGAAACAACCGAACCUUGUUGUGGAUGAACAAAGUAAAGAGUAUUGGAAAUGGAGGGACACCAUCUUGCACAACGAAGAUCUCCUGCUAGAGUCGCUGUGUUUCGAUCUACAACUCGAACAGCCUUACCGGAUCCUGCUCGAUUUUCUACGUUACUACGGGGUACAGGAAAAGAAACCGCUGCGGAACACCUCGUGGGCCUUCCUCAACGACUCUCUUAUUACGACAUUAUGUCUUCAAAUGAGCCCACGGGUCAUUGCUGGGAGUGCCCUCUACAUGGGUGUCAAACUGGCCGGAAUCACGUUGCCCGACGAUGAACAAGGCCGGGCGUGGUGGGAACAGCUCGAUCUCGAGAUUGCAGACAUUCAAAAAGGGUGCAAUCUCCUGGCCGAAGUGUAUGAGAAUCCGAACAUACCACGACAGGGCCAGAAAGAAGCAUAUACGAGAGACGACGACGUCUCCUUGUUUGAAAAGACAAGACAAGAGAUGACACCCCAAACAGAUCGAUCCCCUGCAAUCAGUGUGGGAAGCGGCAGCCAGGGACGGAAACGGGAGCGAGAUAAUGCAGAGGAUCAAGAGGGCUGGGGUUCUGGUCCAGUAUCACGACCUCCAGGGACUUCUCCCAAGCGCCAACGGCGUGGAUCAGGGGAGGAUUCUGACGGCACCCGAACUUCGGACCAUCCUUCGAUUAGGAGAUCAGUCGAUGGAAGUGGACAGCCAGCAAAGGAAUAUGACGCGACGGCAGAUGAAGUGCAAAGAAGAAUAGAUGCCAUUGUUAAUGCGUCAGCCCCGUCAACUAGGGUUCCUCCCACAACUCUCUCGCGACGACCGUCCAACCAGCGAUCCCAUCAAGGAGAUGACUCUCACAGGAAUUCGUCGACAAGAUCCGACCGGAACGGACUCGCCUCUACGCCCAACACUGACCAACAGGAACACGUCGCCGCCCAAUACCGUCCAGACAAGGUCAACAACGGGCAGCACGAACCCACUUCUGAGCAUGGCCAAUCAAGAUCAUUACCCCGCGUGCCACCACUCCCUGCACCGCCAGAGAGUCGAGGCGCAUUCCAUCGACAGUCAAGUUCGGGCAGUGCAGGUGAAGAGAUUGACGAUGCGGAAAAGGUGGAUUACGGCAGUGAGGAGGGGGAACUAUGA